AGUACAAGUUGAUGUAUUCUAAUGUAGGUUAUCUUCUGUUUAUCAAAACCACAGGUAACUGACCAUCACCAUGACUCGGUACUCACUAGACCCGGAGAACGCCACCAAGUCAUGUAAAGCCCGUGGCUCCAACUUGCGGGUGCACUUCAAGAAUACCCGCGAAACGGCCAAUGCGAUCAAGGGCAUGCACAUCCGCAAGGCCACCCGUUUCCUGAAAGAUGUCACUGCCAAGAAGCAGAUCGUGCCCUUCCGCAGGUACAACGGUGGUGUGGGACGCAAGGCACAGUGUAAAGCCUGGCGCUGGACUCAGGGACGUUGGCCCAAGAAGAGUGCGGAGUUCCUGCUGCAACUGCUGAAGAACGCAGAGAGCAAUGCUGAAUUCAAGGGUCUGGAUGUGGACUCCCUGAUGGUGGAGCACAUCCAGGUGAACCGGGCUGCCAAGAUGAGGCGCAGGACAUACAGAGCCCACGGCCGUAUCAAUCCCUACAUGAGCUCUCCCUGCCACAUCGAGAUGAUCUUGAGUGAACAGGAGACUGUCAUCGCCAAGUCUGAGGAUGAGGUGUCGAAGAAGAAGGUCUCCAAGAAGAAGCUGGCACGUGCGAAGAUGAUGCAGCGAGAAUAAUAACUCCACUUAGACAAGACUGACACCAACUACAGUCCAAUAAAAUAUUCGCUACCUAUG